AUGAAGGUGGUGGCAUUAAUAAGUGGUGGUAAAGAUAGUUGCUUUAAUAUGCUACACUGCAUAGCAAAUAAUCAUCAAAUUAUCGCUUUGGCUAAUUUGAGACCAAGCGCGAGUUCGGACAAAGAUGAACUUGAUAGUUUUAUGUAUCAGACAGUUGGCCAUGACGCGAUUGAAUAUUAUUCAGAAUGCAUGAAUUUGCCUUUGUAUCGACGCGAAAUUUUUGGUAGUCCUUUAAUUCAAGAUUAUGAUUACCGAGAGACUCCGGGCGAUGAAACCGAAGAUUUGUUUUUAUUAUUGAAGCAAGUUAAGGAAAGUCAUCCAGAAAUCGAAGGAGUCUCUGCUGGUGCUAUAUUAUCAAAUUAUCAACGUGUUCGCGUGGAAAAUGUCUGCAAUCGCCUUGGACUCAUGUCUCUUGCCUACCUUUGGCGAAGAGAUCAAAAAGAGUUAUUGAGUGAGAUGAUAAGUUCUGGAAUUAAUGCUAUAUUGAUUAAAGUAGCUGCUAUUGGUCUAAAACCGACACAUUUAGGAAAAUCCAUUGAGGAGAUGUACUCGCAUUUGUGCAAUUUGAACGAAAAAUAUGAUGUUCACAUCUGUGGUGAAGGUGGUGAAUAUGAAACGUUCACGUUGGAUUGUCCAUUAUUUGUUAAGAAGAUUAUCGUACAUGAUGUCGAAACGGUGCUCCAUUCUGAUAAUGCUGUUGCAACGGUUGCAUACCUCCGGUUUAAGAUGUUGACUUUAGAAGAUAAGCCUGUAAGCACUAUUGCGACAACUCCGAUAAUUAAAAUACCAUCGUGGCAGGAUGAUAUUAACGAAUUUAUGAGUGCAACGCAAGGUUGG